CGAUUUUGGUUGUUUAAAAUACCUAAGGGGGGCUGGGUAAACUAGGUCUUUGUGUCGUGUGAUGCCCGCGAUCUCUGAUUGGGUCACAGAAGUGUUUAAUAUGGAUUGGAUUGGAUGUAGACUAGUGGACGGAGAUAGUACAUAGAAUGCGCUGCAUCAAAGUCCUUCUAAGGCUGUAGAAGUGUCUCUGGCUGCAUUCUCACACAGAACAUUCGUGCGAAAUCUUUAUAAACAUCUGAGAAAAACCUGCCGAAAUAACGUCAAAACCGCCCAAUCUGGCAACGCUGUUUUACUUGGCAACAGGAUGUAUCUGAAUUCUGAUUGGUUGUUGUAUCUGAAUUCUGAUUGGUUGUUGUUAUAUUAUUGCCCUUUUGUUGUGUUGUUGAGCCCAGAGUGGGGGGAGGGGGGAGUGACAGGGUUCUACAGAGAAAAGUUUUCACUGCAACCGAACUGCUGUUUUCGUGACCACGCCCCCAGCGCGGAUAUUCAUGUUCACAUUGUUCAGUUUGUUUUUCUCUUUUAUUUUAGAUUUCUGUUAUCUGACUCUGGAUCCCAACACGGCACAUCGUGACCUCGUUCUGUCUGAGAAGAACAGAGCAGUGAGAGGCAGUGGGAGAGAGCAGCGUUACUCUGAUCAUCCAGAGAGAUUUGAUUCCUGCUGGCAGGUGUUGUGUAAGGAGAGUGUGUGUGGACGCUGUUACUGGGAGGUGGAGUGGAGCGGUGCUGAUGGUGUCUCCAUAUCAGUCUCGUAUAAAGACAUCAGCAGGAAAGGACAGGGUGAUGAGUGUGGGUUUGGAUUCAACAAUCAGUCCUGGAGUCUGUGGUGUUGUUCUUCUUUUCUCUCUUUCUGGCAGAACAGCAUUGUGACUGAUCUCAGAGUUCCAUCAGCCUCCAGAAUAGGAGUGUAUGUGGAUCACAGUGCAGGAACUCUGUCCUUCUACAGCAUCUCUGACACGAUGAAGCUCCUCCACAGAGUCCACAUCACAUUCACUCAGACUCUAUACGCUGGGUUUGGGGUCCCCUGGUCUUCUGUUUCUACAGUGAGAUUGUGUGAUCCAGAAUAAAAGUGUGUAGUGUUUUCUGUAAAA